UUGUAUCAGUGCGUCUCGAGAGAGCUUGCUGUGUAGACGGGUUUUCAUUAAAUGCCAAACGUACGUUUCAUUUAAUAUAUAAACAUUUAAGAAAUGUCCUUCGAUAAUUUUGUAUAUAAUAUCAAACGCGAGAAUCCCGAGAUUCUGACUGAUGUGAGGCGUGUCUUAUCAAGCGGCGAAUGCUUCUCGCCCGAACGCACCAUGUCGCUCUCGCAAAUACGUGCCGGCUACAAGAAACUAACAGACUGGGAAUUUCCCAACAUGGUCGAUCCACGCACUGAACUCUGUUUCCUGCUCUCAGAGCCUUACAUUGCGGGCUUUGCAAACAAGCAAGGAACAUUCCGCUUUUACAUCGUGCCACACGCGGAAAAGUAAAACACACUUUAAGUUUAGUGCCAUGAAAUGUUGUACAAAUAAAACGUGAUGAAAAUUGCA